GCCUCAUCCUCCUCCAUCACCAGCACGACAAGCGCCAGACGAUUGAUAUAUUCAAAUCGCCGUCUUUGACCAUAUCAAUCGACCAAAAUGGCUCCCUCUCAGCUCCCCCCAUGUUCAACCCCACCCCCCAGGACAUUGAGAUGCUCCUCACAGCUCAAUGCCACCUGGGUUCCAAGAACCUUCAGGUUCACAUGGAGCCUUACCUCUGGAAGACUCGUCCCGACGGUGUCAAUGUCAUCAACAUUGGCAAGACCUGGGAGAAGAUCCUCUUGGCUGCCCGUAUCAUCGCUGCCAUUGACAACCCCGCCGACAUCUGUGUCAUCUCCGCUCGUCCCUACGGCCAGCGCGCUGUCCUGAAGUUCGCUUCUCACACCGGUGCCACCGCCAUUGCCGGUCGUUUCACCCCCGGUAACUUCACCAACUACAUCACCCGCUCUUUCAAGGAGCCCCGCCUCAUCAUCGCCAUCAAGGAGGCCAGCUACGUCAACAUCCCCGUCAUCGCUCUCUGCGACACUGACUCCCCCACCGAGUUCGUUGAUGUUGCCAUCCCCACCAACAACAAGGGUCGUCACGCCAUCGGUCUGAUCUGGUGGUUGCUUGCCCGUGAGGUUCUCCGUCUCCGUGGUACUCUCGCCACUCGUGAGACCGAGUGGGACGUCGUUGUCGACCUCUACUUCUACCGUGACCCUGAGGCCGAAGAGAACAAGGAGAUUGCCGAUGAGACCAAGGUCCCCGGUGCUGAGGAGAUUGGUGCCGGUGCCGUCGAGUCCGGCUUCGCUGGUGAGAACUGGGAUACCCAGGCUCCUGGUGCUGGUGUUCCUGGCACUGCCUUCUCCGCUGCCACUGCUGCCCCCACCAGCUGGGAGACUGAGGGCGGUGACUGGGCCGCCAGCUCUGCCGCUCCUGCCGGUGAGAGCUGGGCUGAGGCCCAGCCCGCUGAGGCCAAGUGGUAG